AACUUUAUCCCAGAUGAAACUUCCUCAGUUUCUUGAUGUCAUCCACAUUUAGGAUUAAACAUUUCUUCAUUUAGGAAAGACGAAGAAAUCCUGCAGCAGCUGAUCCACCGAUCUGAUUCUCCAAGGAUCCAUAUGAAAUACGACGACCAGGAGGCGCCGUCUGACCUCCAGGAGGCGCCGUCUGACCUCCAGGAGGCGCCGUCUGACCUCCAGAACUGUUGGUCAAUCCACUGCUGCUCUGGUUGAUGAUUGAAGAGCGUCCAGAGAAGCUCUGCUGCCUUCCUGCAGCCCGCAGACGCCAUGGCUCAGCUGGUGGAGUGUGUCCCCAACUUCUCGGAGGGUCGAAACCAACAGGUGGUCGAUGCCAUCUCAGCCGCCAUUUCCAGCACCGCUGGUUGCAGCCUGCUGGACGUCGACCCCGGCGCCUCCACCAACCGCACCGUCUACACCUUCGUGGGUUCCCCGGACGCAGUGGUGGAGGGGGCGCUGAACGCCGCCCGUCAGGCCUUUAGCCUCAUCGACAUGACCAAGCACUCAGGUGAGCAUCCGCGGACCGGAGCGCUGGACGUCUGCCCCUUCAUCCCCGUCCAGAACGUCAGCAUGGACGACUGCGUCCGCUGCGCCCACGCCUUCGGAGAGAAACUGGCAGAGAUGCUGCACGUUCCCGUUUAUCUGUACGGGGAAGCGGCUCGAACGCCAGCGAGGAGGGCGCUCCCAUCUGUGCGAGCUGGAGAGUACGAGGCUCUGCCCGACAAGCUCUGUCGGCAGGAGUGGGCUCCUGACUUCGGCCCCCCCGUCUUCGUGCCAUCGUGGGGCGCCACGGUUACCGGCGCUCGGAAGUUCCUUAUCGCCUACAACAUCAACCUGAUCAGCACCAAAGAGCAGGCUCACCGCAUAGCGCUGGACAUCCGGGAGCAGGGGCGGGGCCAGAAUCAGCCCGGCCUGCUGAGGAAGGUGCAGGGGAUGGGCUGGUACCUGGAGGAGGCCAACAUCGCUCAGGUGUCCACCAACAUCCUGGACUUCGAGGUGACCCCCCUGCAUGCCGUCUAUGAGGAGAUCUGUAAGAGUGCAGAGGAGCUGAAGCUGCCGGUGGUGGGCUCUCAGAUCGUGGGUCUGAUCCCUCUGAAGGCCCUGCUGGACGCUGCAGACUUCUACAUCCACAGAGACGAGCUCUUCAUCCUUGAGGAGGAGCACAAAGUCCGACUGGUGGUCAGGAAGCUGGGGCUGGACUCGCUCAGCCCCUUCAACCCCCAGGAGAGGAUCAUAGAGUACAUGGUGAAGGGGCAGGAGGAGGGGCAGCUGGCGUCGUUGACCCUGAGGCGGUUCGUUCAAAGCGUUGGAGCCCGAACGGCUGCUCCUGGAGGAGGAUCGGUUUCCGCUGCCAUUGCUGCUCUAGGGGCGGGGCUAGGGGCCAUGGUGGGCCAGAUGACAUACGGGAAGAGGCAGUUUGAGAGCCUGGAUGGCGUGAUGAGGAGGCUGAUCCCUCCGUUUCAUCAGGCCAUGAAUGACCUCCUGCAGAUGGUGGACGCCGAUGCAUCCGCCUUCAACAGCUAUAUGGCGGCUCUGAAGAUGCCAAAAAACACGGCAGAGGAAAAGCAACGGAGGGACGCCGCCAUGCAGGACGGCCUGCGGCAGGCGCUCGCCGUCCCGGAGGCUCUGGCUGAACGGAUCAGCGCCCUCUGGCCACACCUGAAGGAGAUGGUCGUCCACGGAAACAUCAGCUGCAAGUCUGACGCUCAGGUUGCAGCUAAAGCUCUGGAGACGGCGGCGUUUGGAGCGUACUUCAACAUCCUGACAAACCUGAAAGACGUCAGCGACGAGGCCUUCAGAGCGGCGACCCACAGGAGAGCGUCCGCUCUGCUGCAGGAGGCCAAAGACAGCGCUGCCGCCGUCCUCCUCGCUGCCGAGAGCAGGAGCUGAAAUGCUGACAAAUGGUUAAUAAAACCUUCACCCAAA